AUCUCUAGGCACAGACGACAUGCGUGCACCUGAGCAGACGCACUACUCUCGCUACCCGACAAGGGGUGUGUUCCGCCCUCUCCUCUCCACCGACUUCCCCACCUGGCCCAGCCACAAGUCAAUCUACGAUGAUCCCAUUCAUGCCGGAGACCGCAUCUCAGUUCCAGGAUACAGGUACCUGCCCAUCUCGAGGGACAUCUACGGUAUUUCACCAAGGAACAUCUACCCUCACCACUACUCAUCAACCGAACGCUACCCUCCACACGGUCUGCUACGUCGUUGGUUGAGACCCCGCCCAGCUCCCAGGAGCAAAUCAGUGGACGCUGACGAGGAUCUCGAUCAAGCCAAGUCGAAGCAACCUCUGAAGGGAGUGUUCGACGACUUCCUCUUCCCGGACUUCGAGGAUCUGUGGCUGCCCAGGCGUCGGAUUCUGUUUCACGAAGAUCCGCUGAAAGCACUACGCGCCGAGGAAGCUCACGACGCCCGUCUGGCCUCCAUUGAGUCGCUGUUCCCCGUGCAGUACAGGCAUCCGUGGAUGUACAAACCCCGCCAGCCACAGCCCAAGACAAAGAUCACACCUCCUGAGUACCAGCCACCCAGGAAGUCGCCCAGCGAGACUGUCGGACAGUACUUCAACUAUGCAGGUCAACCAAUCUACUCGCGCGGCGGCUACACCCGGCGACCCCUCAUCCAGAUGCUGGAGCCCUCCCCCCUCAUGCCCAAGUCAAUGAUCACCCGCGACCCGUGGUGGCACGAGUUCCCCGAACUGCGCCCCUUCAACCCUCUCACCAACUGGGCCAAUGCGCCCUUCUACCUGAGGGACAGCUUCCUCAGCCCCGUCAAGCGCAACUACCUGUGGGCCGACCACCCUGUUAGGCCCUUCGGUAAGGACUACUAUCACUUCUGGCAUCUGCAUCGUGAUUGGCUGCUAUAGUUUCCUAUAUUUGCAACCCAAAAUCCCAUACAUAACCUCAAAUAUCCAUCAAACUUCUCAUACAUUUCCUUGAAACACGUCAAAUAUACCAAAACCACCUUUACUUUCCAUUGAAACUCAUCAAAAAUAUCAAUCAUUGUCUUGAUUCUGGCAUCUCUAUCGUGAUUGGCUUCUAUAGUUUCCUAUAUUUGCAACUCAAAACAUCCCUUACAUAACCUCAAAUAUCCAUCAACCGUCCCAUACAUUUCCUUGAAACACGUCAAAUAUACCAAAACCACCUUUACUUUCCAUUGAAACUCAUCAAAAAUAUCAAUCAUUGUCUUGAUUCUGGCAUCUCUAUCGUGAUUGGCUUCUAUAGUUUCCUAUAUUUGCAACCCAAAACAUCCCUUACAUCACCUCAGAUAUCCUGAGAUUCAACACAAUUCCCAUACUUUUCCUUGAAAACCCAUCCAAGAUAUCACACAUUAGGUUGAAACAUAACCUGGGAUAUCCAGAGAUUUAUCAAGCAUUCUAUAAAUCUCCUUCAACAUCAUCAAACUGAUCCUUACAUCCCAAAAGUAAACUUAAAUAAACACAACCAAGACAUCAAACUCAUGUAACAUCCCAAACAUCUCCUCGAACUGUUUCAAAACUGACCUUCAUUUAGUAAACUACCUAUGGAACUUUCAUGUAUCAAACAACAUUCUUAUGAUCCUAUGGACAUCAUAUAAACAUCACCUUGAACUGUUUCAAAACUGAUCUUCAGCCAUGAAACUUGUAUCCAUUAAAGAGCAUUCUUGUGAUCCUAUAAACAAUGCCCUGAAUUGUUUUAAACCUAUCCUUAAACUAUGAAACAUCCGAUAAGACUUCCAUCCAUCAAACAUCAAUAGUCUAUCAAAACUCUUUCUUAUGAAGAUCCUUUAAACAUCCAUCGAACAUUCAAUGGUUAUUUUAAACAUCCUUCAUAAACAAAACCUAAACCAGCAUCAAACUUUGAAUAAAACCUCGCCUAAUGUUUCAUCUCAUUUACACCGCCGCAUUGCUUAUCUACGCUCGCAUUAUCUCUGAGCCUCUCUCACUUUGCUGAUAUUCUUCAUGCAUAGCUUAGCCUUCUGUAUUCACAAUAUGUUGUAUUUAUUCAAAUACUAUGUACUAUAUCCACAUUAUACUGUAUUAUUUAUUGAACAAUUGUGUACUGAAAUACAAGGAGGAAAAUCUAAGUGAUU